CGCAAUAUUAUUCAAUCGUAAGAAUCCACAUGAACAUAUGUGCAUAACAUAUGCAUUUUAAAAGAAUUGUUUAUUUCUGACACAAAUUGGGGGUUUCAAAAAGAUAAAGAUGCCCCUGGGUGAGCUUAUUGGAAGUCUAUCGACAAACCCAUAUUUCGGUGCUGGAUUCGGUCUAUUUGGCAUCGGAGCAAGUGCAGCAAUACUGAGAAAGGGACUGCAAGGAGCCGUGAUUCUGUUUCGCCGACACAUGAUGAUAACGCUGGAGGUGCCAUGCAGAGAUAAAUCAUAUCAAUGGCUGUUGAAAUGGAUCACGAUCCGAGGCGCCAAGAAGACACAGCACUUAAGUGUGGAGACUUCGUUUUUACAGAAUGACAAUGGUCAGGUCAAAACAAGCUACGAAUUCAUACCGAGCAUUGGCAAACACCUCUUUCAGUACAAAAACAAUUGGAUACAAGUGGAGCGGACGCGGGAACAGCAAACACUCGAUCUGCACAUGGGUGUGCCAUGGGAAUCCGUAACGCUGACAGCCUUUGGCAAUAAUAAACAAAUCUAUUUCGAUAUCCUUGAGGAAGCACGUCAAUUAGCGCUACAAGCGACUGAGGGUAAAACUUUAAUGUAUACGGCGAUGGGCUCGGAAUGGCGACCCUUCGGCCAUCCACGAAGACGGCGACCAACGACAUCCGUAGUUUUGGAUCGUGGCAUUUCGAAAAGGAUUGUUGCCGAUUGCAAUGAUUUCAUUGCGAAUUCAUUGUGGUAUACACAGCGCGGAAUACCCUAUCGACGUGGCUAUCUACUAUAUGGACCACCCGGCUGUGGUAAAUCCAGUUUUAUAACUGCCUUGGCCGGUGAAUUGGAAUAUGGCAUCUGUUUACUAAAUCUAUCGGAAAGGGGUCUCACCGAUGAUCGUUUAAAUCAUCUGUUGAAUGUGGCGCCUGAGCAAACAAUUAUCCUGCUUGAGGACAUCGAUGCUGCAUUUGUUUCCCGUGAAGCGACGCUUCAGCAAAAAACGGCAUUCGAAGGCUUGAAUCGGAUAACAUUUAGCGGACUUUUGAAUUGUUUGGAUGGCGUUGCUUCCACCGAAGCGCGAAUCGUUUUUAUGACCACCAAUUAUUUGGAUCGCUUGGAUCCGGCCUUGAUUCGACCGGGUCGCAUUGAUUUAAAGGAAUACAUUGGCUAUUGUACACAGUAUCAGUUGGAAGAGAUGUUUAAGAACUUUUUUGGCGAUUGUGAAACAUCGAAAGCGACAGAAUUUGCUGAAAAAAUUAUUGGCACAAGUCGUCAAGCGAGUCCAGCACAAGUUCAAGGUUUCUUCAUGAAACACAAAUUGUCCCCGCCACAACAAGUCGUCGACAGUGUCGAAGAUAUUUGGGAAAAUUAGUAUAAUUUACGGUUAGUGCUAGUUUAUUAUUAUUAUUGUUAUUCGUCUGGCAUAAGCAGUGCCAAAAAAAUAAAGUUGCAAAUUGAA